CAUUUUGUAUCUUGCGUUUACGGGAAACUGGAGGGCCUCCCCUCCGCCGGCCAAAACAGGCUGGAGAGCGACGUUACACGUUUGCCUUUACACGUUAUCGGUGACGGACAGCGCCGCUUUUCCCCGGGGGUGUUAGUAGCUUCCGCUUUUGAAACAGGCGAAGGCGCCUUCCGUUGUGGAGACACCUAAUAGUUCAGCAGCCGUUAGGGCAGUCGUUACGCCUGAAGAAAUCCUGGAAAGCCCUCUAUGCUAUGGCUGCAAAAGGAGAGCGAAUCAUGUACAUAAAGGGGGACCUUUUUACGUGUCCUGGAACAGAGUCCCUUGCUCACUGCAUCAGUGAGGAUUGUCACAUGAGUGCUGGCAUAGCUGCCAUUUUUAAGAAGAAGUUUGGUGGUGUUCAGGAGCUCUUGAACCAGAAAAAGAAGACUGGAGAUGUGGCUGUUCUGCAGAGAGACAAUAGAUAUGUGUACUAUCUGAUUACAAAGAACAAAUACUUUCAUAAACCUACCUAUGGCAAUUUACAGAAGAGUCUGGAAGCUAUGAAACUCCACUGCAUGAAUAAUGGCGUAACUUGCAUUUCUAUGCCCAAGAUUGGGUGUGGACUUGACCGCCUGGAUUGGAAUAAAGUUUCAACAGUGCUUGAAGAAGUAUUUGAGGAUACAGAUGUUAGCAUUACAGUUUAUUCCCUGUAAUUAUCAGUGCAGUUGCUCUGUUAUAUUGUCGUAUUCUGUGUUUGGGACUGAUUUGGAAAAAGAUGAUGGUAUGAUCUUGUUUCAGUUUUCUUUACUCUUGCAGACAUUUCUCACCAUUACUAGUGUCCAAGUAUGGACAGUGUUUUGUAGAAAUUUAUAAUUGGAUCUUUCAAGGAAGUUUAUCUAGCCAGCAGAUGAGUGUGCUUUACUCAGCAGACAAACUUACAAAUUAAAAACAAACAAACAUACAUACA